GGUGGACAAAAGAUACUUCGCGGCGAAGGCAAGACAGGCCAAGAGCACGCGGAGAGGCCGAAGCAGGGGGACACGUCGCGCACACAGCCGCACGGUCAUUAUUAAGCCACCUCCCAAUCCACUCCACGGCGAUGAAGACCGAAUCCCCGCGCCAUCUCCGUAACCCUCUGCUCGCCCUCCUCUUCCUCGCAGCAGCAGCAGCAGCAGCGUCGGCAGCCCAGAUCGCCAUGGCGGCCGAGCCGGAGCAGCAGGCGCCCGCGGCGCAGGAGGCGGCCGUGCACAUCGUGUACGUCGACCGCCCCGAGGACGCCGACCCCGAGGAGUUCCACAUCCGCACCCUCGCCCCCGUCCUCGGCAGCGAGGAGAAGGCCAGGGGCGCCGUCCUCUACCACUACAAGCACGCCGCCAGCGGAUUCUCCGCAAAGCUCACCACCGAGCAGGUCGAGGACCUCAAGAAGCAACCAGGUGUCCUUCAGGUUGUGCCGAGCCAGACCUACCAGCUCCAUGGACAUGAGGGUGGACAUGCCAGCACAACGCGCACAAUGGGCCUUAUGUGAAAGCCUUGAGUACGCUCUGUUCUUCUAAUAUGGGAAUGGUUGCAUCUCAUGGCUGUAACCUAAGAAUAAGAGAUGUAUCCACUUGACUUUGAAGGGAUCCAGUUCCUGAAGUGUGUAAAUGUAAUGAACUAAUGCAUACAAGUUUGAGUUAAUAUGAUGGCAAACAAAUGUGCUGAUCUAA